UCCAGGUUCCUUCCUUGCACUACCCCAUGCCAAUGCCAUGACACUCUUCAAAAUCUGCUCCAACUUCCUCCUUGAGCUGCUGCAGCCAUCACGUUAGGCUUUGGCAAGUCGAGGUAAAGUUCGGGGUGCAACGCAGUGAAUCCAUUGCACUUUUCCUUCCGACAUGGCGAUUGCGCAGCUGCAGCAAGCGCCAUGUGCCAGAGGCCAACUAGUUGCUCGUCAUCAAACCGACCAUCAAACUGCAUUGAAGUCUGGGCCCAGGCAGUGCCACAGUGGUCAGCCACAUUGCCACCAGAAUCUGGGUGGACAGCAACAACGGGGCCCCUGCUCUGCAAGAAAAGCUUUGAGACACACGCACCUUAGUUCAGUCCAGUUUGCAGCUGAGCAUCUUAACCCACAAUCAGGGUUUCCUUCUUGGCGCCACUGCAGGCACGUGUGUGCUGCAUUCAAGUGGCCAUGGGAGCAGAAAGAUGGGAAUGCAGCUUCUCAAGAGGUUGAUGCUGUAGAAGCUAGAGAGCAAGAGAAUAGAAGGAAUGGGGUGCCAGCGGAGGAGACGGAUGUGGUGGUGGUCGGGGCAGGUCUGGCAGGGCUAGCAUGUGCGAGGACUCUGCAUGCUGCUGGCAUUCCAUUCCGGUUACUUGAGGCAUCUGAUGGCGUCGGUGGACGGGUGCGGACAGACGUGACAGAUGACGGCUUUCUCUUAGACCGAGGCUUUCAGAUCUUCCUAUCAGCUUACCCAGAGUGCAAGAAAGUGCUUGAUUACGAGGCGCUCGAUUUGAGGACCUUUUACUCUGGGGCCUUUGUGCGGUUUCGUGGCCAGUUCCACAGAGUAGCGGAUCCUUUCCGGCACCCCCUCGAUGGUGUGGCUUCCCUCAGCCCCACUCACCCCAUCGGCAACGUUCUUGACAAGUUACGGGUUGGACUUCUCCGACUCAAGGUGCUCAUCAAGAGCGAUGCUGACCUUUUGUCAGCACCGGAGACCUCCAUUGUUGACAAGCUCAGGCGGGAAGGUUUCUCAUCAGCAAUGAUUGACCGCUUCUUCCGGCCAUUCUUGGGGGGUAUAUUCUUUGACAGGGACCUCACUACAACAUCCAGGCUCCUCGACUUCGUGAUCAAGGUGUUGGCGCUUGGGGACAACACGCUCCCCGUCCAGGGCAUUGCCGCCAUCCCCGAGCAGCUCGCUUCCGGGCUUCCGUCGGAGUCUGUUGUGCUAAACGCCCCCGUCAGCAGUGUGGUUCCCGCCAGGGCUGGCGCACCUGCAACGGUGCGGGUCGCUGGCGGCCGCAGCUAUGCGGCCAGAAGGGGAGUGGUCGUUGCGGUGGACGGGCCCCAGGCCCAACGACUCUUGGGCGGAGGCCUCUCCAGCACUCCCUCCGAUGCCCGAGACGCACGGGGGACCGUGUGCCUCUACUACGCCGCCCCGUCCGCUCCGAUCGAGGACCCCGUGCUGCUGCUCAACGGCGAUGGAGUCGGCCUCAUCAACAACAUGUGCUUCCCCAGCAGUGUAUCCCCGUCUUACGCCCCCCCUGGCAAAGCCCUGGUGUCCAUCUCGCUGGUGGGCGCAUACCCAGACCGCUCCGAUGCGGACCUGCAGACCGCGGUCGAGGCGGAGCUGAGGGACUGGUUCGGGAAAGAGACCGCCACGUGGCGACACCUCAAAACUUACCGCAUCCCCUUCGCACAGCCCAAUCAACGGCCGCCCAGCGAUCCCCUGCGGGAGGUGCGGCUGGGUGCCGACCUCUACGUCUGCGGGGACCAUCGGGACACGGCAACGUUCGAUGGUGCCUUCGUAUCCGGGCGUCGAGCAGCGGAAGCCUUGAUGGCCGACUCCCAAGAGAAGCAAGGAGCUUCCACGAAAGCGGAAGCUAAAGUGGUAGUGCAGGUCUGACAAUGACGCGAGGCCAUUAUGCUAAGCUAAGUGUGGAGUCGAAUGGGGUGCUCAGGCCGCUGGUUUUGUUCUGAGUUGCUGGCGCACUGUUGGACACGGCACUUGAUGUAUGCCCUAGACUCAGCUCAAUUAUUGGACGUUGGUUACUAACUAAGACGAUUUGUUACACCAUGUGUUACUGUUGUUGAAGUAGCUUGCAACCCGCUCCUAACGCAGCUCGGUUGCUUGCUGGAGGAAGAAGUUGGGGAGUUUGGCCAAGAUUCGUAUCGCAGUUUCUUGGAAAGAAUCCAAUGACAUUCCCAGGUUUGUUUUGCGCAUGGGUCACAAUCGUAGAACGUGGGAUCGAGGGCGAAUCGGCACUCCACUGAUUUGUCACGCAGGGACAAUUGUGUAACUAAUGAUUAAACUACCGGCCACUAUAACACUGAUUACACUCGAGCUAAUUUUGGCCCCUUAGUCCAUAUUCUACCGCGCUGUUUCGAUUCCGGAGUCCAACUCUACGAGAGUGAGGCCACUUGAUUGACGGUGUCCUAAGUGUGGGGUAAUGAUUGAGUAUACGAAGAAGGGGUGUGGGGGGCCCAGCCGGAAUUAUGAUGAAGAGGAAAAUAUAUACGUUGUUUAGGGAUAAAUAUGUUGGAUGAGGAUGACAUAGAACAAAGAGAGAGCUUUCACCUAUCCUAUGUAUAUAAGCG